AUGCUGCUAGAUUCGGAACUUGAAGAUAUCACUAUAGAGGAGAAAAAACGCCUUAUUGGAAGGCUUAAACUAAGCCUAGCUAUCAUAGAAAACCGGAAGCUUGGACAAUUGGAGGCAGAAGACCCCUUCCCAUCAUCAUUUCAAGUCUAUCGGUGGACAUUCAAUGGCCCUAAUGGUCUCCCUGAUGACUUCCCAGUUGUGCAUAUUCCCAAGGCCAAUCCCAAUGUUACCGACGGCGAGGACUCGGAUGCGUUCGAGCUGCAGCAGCAUUCACCAGCUAUAGAUAAUUGGUCUGUAGCUGAUCUUCGCAAACUCGAAAUUUCAUUAAAUGAGCACCGAGUCGCGGUUUCACUUCUUCAAAAUCAGGAAGUUGAGAACCAUAAGACACCCCAUUCAAAUUCCCUGAUCGAGCAAGCAAAACCUUCAAGCUCGGCAAAGAAUCAGAGUAGGGCAUAUCAUCGGGUGAGAAGUCGCCUAUUCCAAGCCAUUAAAGACAAGACUGGUCAUCAUGAUAUACCACGGUCAAAUCCUCUCAUUUCUUAUCCCGGUCCACCUUAUUCGUUCGCAUGGACUUUUAGUCCCGAAUACCCUAGAUUCCCUAAGAUCAAGGGAGGCAUCUCUAGGUGGAAUCGCGACCAAUUCCAUGAAUGCGAGCAUGCCCUCGACUCGGGGUAUCUAACGGUCAGGGAUCUUACCAAUACUAUGUCGCCCGAAACCGAGACUAAUAGAGAAGAAAAUCACACGCAGCUAGUGGGUGGGGACAUCUCAAACCUCGAGGACUCUUGCUCUACCGCCGACCUACCCAGCUUCGUGGGUAGUGAAGCCACCAAGGCUCAACAAUCUAAUAGUCUGUUGCGUAGCCACGGCUCUCAACUAGAAAAUAGCCUGGUGGGUAUAAUGACUCCGAACGGUGAAGAAUACGGAAACAGGCCACAACCGCAUCGAGACGAUGUCCCUUGUCAUGGGGUUGUAGUAAACGCGCUCCGUAUACAAAUCAACAAAGUUCUCGAAAAUGCCAAAGAACUCGAAAUGUCAUGGAACCAGCGCCAAUCAGAGAAAAUAGAAUCGCUACAGCGAGAGCUUCGGGAUGCUUAUCUUCAAAUCGAAAAUCAAACCGAAGAGCUCCGAGCAAGGAUGGCAAAUGAUCAACGGGACGUUGCGGUCCUUAUAGCGAAAGCGAGGAAAGAAGGUGAACACAGCGGGAGAGCGAGCGCUAUCCAAGACAUGGAUAAAGAUCGAGACGGUUUACUCGUCACGCUUCGUACACAUUAUCUUAAUCAGAUCGAGGAAGCCCGCAAACAGUCGUACCAGGACGGCUUUCAAGCUGGAAGCACAUCUGGCCAGGUACUAGAUCGCGCAUCAAGUUGGCAAACCGCAGCGUCCCCUAUCGGAGACCAGUAUCGUCCGACAUCUCAGAGCCAUGCUAUGGGCUCUGACCAUGUCCAAGGCUUAACGCUAUGCAGUGAAGAGGCAAGUCAACAAAUCCUAGAAGAACAAAGUGUGCGUCAACAACCGGAAUUGGCACACACUACGACCAGCGUCGACAGAGCUAGCCCUCAAAUUGAAGGCUCUCCUGCGAGGUAUGAUCAGAAUGGCAUUACACUAUCUCCCGCGGGUCCUGACGAUCUCCCCGAAGGGGUGGACUCUAUAAUUGGAUCCCUCCCUCUCAAUGUAUCCCAACUUUCGCUUCCUUCCGAGUCACCAGAACAUGGCUUUGAGAUCAAAACCCUUCUCCGCAGUCUCGCGCUUCCCACGGUUACAAUCCCUCUCGGUGUGAGGUCUUUUCCUCUGUCGUUUAUCCAAAAACACAUUGGACGUAUCGAUCAGACGUUUACGAAGGUAGAGCUUUGGAAACAACAGAAGCAAGCCGUUCGCUGGCCCGUGUUGAUUAAUCCUGACUGUUCACACGAGAUUCAUGAAUAUCCUCCUAGACUUGGUGCUAACGGGGCUCUUACUUCCGUUGAUGGCAUAGCGGAUUGCGGAACAAUAGGAGCUGUGUAUCCUGUAAUUCGAAAAGUGGAUAUCGACGCGUAUCAAUAUAUUGGCCACUAUAAGAUUAUCGACCGCAAGAUCAUGCCCACACAGUCGUGGUUUGCCUUACCACGAUAUCAGAAAACCGCGGCUUUGUCGACUAUUAGGUACAGCCAAGACGAGGGGCGCGAUUUCCUCUCCAAACUGGGCAUUAACCUGCAAAAGCCCCCGCAUCCGACCUACCUCCGAAACCUUUUCGAGAGUGAGAGCGAACCUUAUCUUCGAAUGAGCUGGACGAUCCUUCAAUUAGACCGAUUUGAUACCCACGAUUAUGAAACCCUCGUCAAAAUCUCCGAGCAGCCAAACUAUCAAGAUUCCACAUCGACAGGUCACCAACCAGUGCCCAUCUCAAAGGAAUUGUACGACCAAGCCCUUCCACGAUGGAUUGAAGUCUCAUUAGCCAGAUACCAGAACAGCACUAAAUUUUUUGACAAGCUGCCUCUCACGCCUUCUGCUAAGGAACUCCUCUCAGAUGCUAUCCGUAAACACGCUGACAGUGCUGGCAAGUUCGGGAAGGCGUACAAAACCCCUCCACAAAUUCGAAACCUCAAGCUCUACAUAUCGGGGCUCGUAUCAGAGCUCAGCGCUCGCCAUUUCCUUGGCCUAGGCUUCGCUGAUGAUGUUGCGGCUAUUCUCAGAAUAUUCACAGCAGUUUAUGAGAGAUUCAUGUUCCACCUCUGGCAUAACAACCUGAAUUACCAGUCUCAGCAGGAUGCAACAACUGUCCCAACUGGCAAUUCGGCGGCGGUGCAACCCCCACGACGGGUUUCUGAAGGAUAUCUACGGCAGAAGAGAGACAGACCUGAAGCCCAGUCAAAAGUCACCUCUCCCAACAGUCGAAAGCGCAGAAGACAUACUGCCCACGGGUUAUUAGCGAAUGCUCCAAUAGAUGACGAGACUCCUUCUAUACAACUUGGUCAAGAAAUCUUAGAUUGCACCGAGGUGAAAGACGACAGCCGUAGCGAUAUAUACGAUGCGACGCCUCCCCCCGCUGAACAAUAG